AUGUUCGCAAAUACCGGUUGGUUAUGUUUCUACUUACCAGCACCUGGCUCGCUUUCUCAAAAGUUCGCCGCGAGCGGUAGGGCAAGUCUUAGCCCAAAAUCCUUGGGCUCCUCAGCCGCUCUUGACAAAAAAGAGUUGUUAAAAAAAGAAGGAGUAAUUUUUGACCCCACCGGAUACUUACUAGAAA